UUUCUUCCUCCAGCACGUUGUUGUGACGUCUAGACACAUUCAAUCCUCCUGAUAUCCGAUCUUAGCGAGUUUCUCACGCUAGGAGGGCUGCAGGGUGUAUAAGAAGGCUCGGGACGCAGGCUGGCUCUGCAGAGAGGUCCGGCUCACUCAGCAUGGCUCAGAAAACAGCUCUGAUCGUGUUCGCCCACCAGAGCUCGGGCUCUUUCAACGCGGCGGCUCGGGACGUGGCGGUCCAGCAGCUGACGGAGCAGGGAUUCAGCGUCUCCGUGUCCGACCUGUACGCCAUGGACUUCCGAGCCAGCGCCACACGGGAUGACAUCAUCGGUGACCUGAAGAACCCGAGUCUUUUCCAGUACGGAGACGAGACCAUGCUGGCCUGGAAAGAGGGGCGUCUCAGCGAUGACAUCACAGCCGAGCAGCGCAAAGUGUUGGAGGCUGAACUCAUCAUCUUCCAGUUUCCUCUGUACUGGUUCAGUGUCCCCGCCAUCCUGAAGGGCUGGAUGGACCGAGUGCUGACCCAGGGUUUCGCCUUCUCCCUGCAGAAGAUGUACAAAAACGGGAUCUUCCAGGACAAGAAGGCCAUGUUGUCCUUCACUACAGGAGGAACUCAGUCCAUGUUUCGUCCUGACGGGAUCAACGGAGACAUUAACGUGCUUCUGUGGCCUCUGCAGAACGGGACUCUGCACUUCUGUGGAUUUCAGGUUCUGGCUCCUCAGAUCUUCUGGAGUCCGGAUCACUGUCCCCCCGAAGCGCGCACGGCCAUGUUGGACGGAUGGCGAGUGCGGCUCAAAGGCCUGCUGGCAGAGAAGCCUUUGACCUUUGCUCCCUGCGAGCUCUUCGACCUCACAUUUCAGGGGGGGUUCCUGCUCCUGCCCGAGGCGAGGGAGGAGCUGGAGUCGCGGCCCUUCGGCCUCACCACGGGACACCACCUCGGGAAACCGCUACCACCUGACAACCAGACCAAAGCUCCGUCCACUGACGGCGAGAAGUAGGACCUCCUCUUCACCACCAGGCUCUUUCUGUUAUCGUGUCUGAGAUUUUAAAUGUUUUCUGUAAAGCUGAAAUAAAACAGUUUAAAAUCCUG